AUGUCAGGUUUAUUGGAAAUUGUUCAAUCGCAGCCUAUCUUCCAAGGUCAUCUACGUGACACAAUCUCUGCGCAAAUCCAGCAAACAAAGCUCUCUCUUAAACCAGAGCGCAGGCAUAUUCGAAGCCUGAUGGAUAAGUCCAGUAGUGUCGCAACCACACAUUCGGUUGUUUUGGAGGGUGGACAACAGGUUUCUAAUGUUGGCGAAGUCACCGUUUUCGAGGGAUUUAUCAAAAAGCAGAGCCAGUGCGUGAACUGGAAGCGCCGUUAUCUUUGUAUUCGAGCUGAACUAUACCACAGCGAGGACGGCGACAGCAAUACCCCCAAGCUCCGAAAUGCAACUCUUUUUUUAACAAUAUCAAAGGAAACCUUGGCUCAGCAAUGCAUCCCGACCCCGUUUUCCGAUAUCGAGGACGCAUUUCCGGUGCCUCUAAAGUAUACCGGGACAAACACUCCCCACGUGUUUGCAGUUGCCUGCACAACGGGCAAACGCAUGCUCUUCCAGGCUAAGUCGGAUGAGGAACGCGACAUAUGGAUGGCUAAUAUUCAGGAUAUGCUAGGCAUCGGUGAUAACUAUCCAUACGAGCAACCUAACUACCUUUAA